UGUUAGAUUAAAUCCUUGACCGUCACUGGAAGCUUUAUUAUUGAGAGAGCAUAUCCGUUUCCGGCGAUUUCUUAUGAUUUUAGUACUUUUUUUGACCUACCCAGUGGCGCCACCUGGUGUUUGCUUGUCAUUUUAGUUACAUAAAAUGUCCGAGCUACUUUUUUGUUCAUUGGCGUUUCGUUCUCCGGCGAAGCAACUUGUGCGCAUCGGUUCACCAUCGAUGCUUAAAGUUACAUUUACUUUAUCCUUUGUUUUAAAUAUCCUUUGUUUUAAAUUUCAAUAAUAAAUACAUAAUUUUAUUUUUAGAAUAAAAGAAAAAUAACGUAUAUUUUAACGGUUUUUCCGUUCGAAAUAUUUUUUAAAAUUACCGAAUAUCCAUUUGAAUUAAUCUAUUUCAAAAUAUAGUGGUGCUGAUUUAAUGGUGAGUUCAUUUGAAGAAGAAACUGUAAGUACCUACCUUACUUUUUAAAAGUGAUCAAUACUUUUUAUGGUUGUUCCGUGUGGAUCACAACUAACAUUUAUUUGUUUUGCUUCAUAUUUUUGUUUGUGCUAACAAUUUUACUGUUUUUUAUUUUGUUAUUUUGAAGUUACAAUUGUGAUAAUGGAUGAUCAAGUUGAUGUUUCGGCUGCCGAACCACAAGUUGUGGCCGGCCCAAGUGGAAGGACCCGCAAAAGAAAUGUUAGCAGCUCUAGUAGCAGCACGACGUCUAGUAGCUCUUCAAGCUCAUCUUCUCCAAAACGUACCAAGCGGUCGCGCCGCUCUCGUCGUAAGAAGAAUAAGCGCGCCCGACAAUCUAACUCGACAUUGGGCAAACUUAUAAAAGAAGUUCAGGAGUUACGCGAACAAGUUUUCGUUAAUAAUACGCAUAAUGCUUGCCAUGAUGGGCUAUCAGUUUGUUCUGGGGUCAGUGGAGAACUAUAUGACCAACAUUUUGAGGAACAAACUGAAUGCCCCAACGUAGAUGAUAAAAACUCACAAUUAGACUUCACUUUUGAUAUCGAAACAAAGCUUAAGGAACCAUCUGUUCCAAAAACUCCUGAAAAUCUUUUAAAAAUGCUACUUGACGUCCAGCGUUUAGGUAGCUCCGCUUGGUCGGAAGUAAGGUAUUCUGAUACUCAAAAACUCUACAACCAUAGCCCAGGUUUCAUAGACUUGGACACAAAUGAAGAGAUUAAGAUGUACGAUACCUUACGUCACCUUGCACAUGCUGAUAAAUCAUACGCAGCAAUUACUUUUUGUAUCCUUAAACAAAAAGAAUCUUUACAAGAAGCUAUUCGUAAUCUCCUUUUGUGGGCUAAAAGUACACAAGUUAAUUACGAUAAUUUAAGCGGGAAGGUUGAAGAGUUAUUUCAAAAAGGUGAUUUACAUAAAAUUUCUUCAGACCUGUUACAAUUAGUUUGUGGCCAUCGAGCUGAAAGUAUAGAAAUGCGUCGAGACGCAAUUACCACUCAAAUUCGGCAUCCAUUAGUUAAAGCAUCUUUGAACAGAAUACCCCCAACAUCAACUCAUUUGUUUAGUCCUGAUCUCUUUGCAACGGCAUUGGAAAAGGCUGGCGGUGUACGCAAAGCUUUUUGGCCUCCAAAAUCUGAGUCUCAUACCAGAUCUAAUCAAGGUAAUCGCCGCCCCUCGCGGGGGCUUGGCGUACACAAACCAAUAGCUUCAUCGCGUGAAGCUCAGCAUUGUAUUUGUUGUCAUGAACCAGGCAUACCAAUACACAUGCAUACCUAUGAUAACACACCCUCGCGGGGUGGAUAUUUUCGCACCAAUCAUGUAAACAAAGGCCAGAGUCUACCUUCCUUUCAAUCCGACCAGUAUGCUAGUAGAGGCUCAUUUCACAACCGUGGCUCGCGGUCCGAUCGAGGAAGUAACCGAAGUCGAGGACGUUCAAGCCAUUCAAAAAGUUCUCGAGGGAACCAAAAACGUUACAAACAAUGACUCGAUUCGCUUUCGAGCGGGUCAGUUGGCGCACUACCGCUCGAAAUGGACGGAAAUGGGGGCGCCAGAAAUUGUUCUAAAAUUAAUUCAAGGGUAUCGCAUACCAUUUAUCAAAAAACCGCCUCUGAUAUACCCAAAUCUAAUAAACGGGCCGUUCCAAACGCCUGUUUCAAAAGAAAUGUCUGCAAUAAUAGACAAAAUGAAAUCUCAGGGUAUUCUAAAAGUUGUUCAACUCUCACCGAGCUUCGUCUCCCCUCUAUUUUUGACACCAAAGCCCGACGGGUCAUCUCGACCCAUAUUCAAUCUGAAAAUGUUAAACAAAUUUGUAAAGGCCCAACCAUUCCAUUUAAUAAAUAUGUAUCGCAUCCCAGACUUCUUGCAACCUCAAGACUGGAUGUGCAAAAUAGACCUAUCGCAGGCAUAUUUCCACUUAAAAAUUUCAAAGUCACACAGGCGCUUCCUUCGCCUCAUCUACAACCAAGAACUGCUAGAAAUGACUUGCCUUCCAUUCGGUUUAAGCACUGCACCCAAAACGUUCUCAAUACUAACGAAUUGGAUUGCCCAAAUAUUACGAGAACGCUGGGACAUCCGAAUCAUAGUCUAUCUCGACGACUAUUUAAUAGUAAAUCAGAAUGCUCACGUCCUCCGAGAUCAUGUGCAAAUAACAUUAGAUACAUUACAAGAUCUUGGUUGGCAAGUAAAUUUCGAGAAAUCUGUUCUUUAUCCACAAAAAACUAUAACAUAUUUAGGGAUAUUGUGGAAUCCCUGGGACAACUUAAAAUCCCUGCCAAAAGAAAAGACUUUUUCGCUUAUCAAAAAAGUCAGUUCAGUUCUCGAUCAAGGGAUGAUAUCUGUAAAAGAGUUGCAGAAAAUUACAGGACUCCUAAACUUUGCCAGCUACGUUGUCCCUCGGGGCCGACUCAAUCACCGGCAACUAUUAAUGUUCAUGAACUCGCUACCAGACCAUGCAUCGAAAUCCUACCCACUAACACAAAAUGUUCAAAACGAACUGGAAUGGUGGAUUCGCAAUUGUCAGGCAUCAACACCCCUACAUUAUCCUCCGCCAGUACACUUCCUGACAACAGAUGCAUCAAAUCAUGGGUGGGGAGCUCAACUGAACAAUCUGGCUGUAUCGGGCAAUUGGUCGCAAGAGGAACAGACAUUGCAUU